AGCCGGUCGGAGCCGCCAAGAUGUCGCUCCCCAAGAGAAGGAGGCUCGAGUCCGGGGGUGUCGGCGGCGGAGGGGCGGGAGCGGAGGAGGAGGAUGGCGGGGCGCUGGAGGCGGCCGUGCCCGUGCCGCGACCCCGGAGGACUAAGCGGGAACGGGACCAGCUGUACUACGAGUGCUACUCGGACGUGUCGGUCCACGAGGAGAUGAUCGCAGACCGCGUCCGCACGGACGCCUACCGCCUGGGUAUCCUGCGGAACUGGGCGGCGCUGCGAGGUAAGACCGUGCUGGAUGUGGGCGCGGGCACCGGGAUUCUGAGCGUCUUCUGUGCCCAGGCCGGGGCCCGGCGCGUGUACGCCGUGGAGGCCAGCGCCAUUUGGCAACAGGCCCGCGAAGUGGUGCGGCUCAACGGGCUGGAGGACCGGGUGCACGUCCUGCCGGGGCCCGUGGAGACGGUGGAGCUGCCGGAGCAAGUGGACGCCAUCGUGAGCGAAUGGAUGGGCUACGGACUGCUGCACGAGUCGAUGCUGAGUUCCGUGCUGCACGCGCGGACCAAGUGGCUGAAAGAGGGCGGUCUGCUGCUGCCGGCCUCCGCCGAGCUGUUCGUGGCCCCCAUAAGCGACCAGAUGCUGGAAUGGCGCCUGGGCUUCUGGAGCCAGGUGAAGCAGCACUACGGUGUGGACAUGAGCUGCCUGGAGAGCUUCGCCACGCGCUGCCUCAUGGGCCACUCAGAGAUUGUGGUGCAGGGCCUGUCUGGCGAGGACGUGCUGGCCCGGCCGCAGCGCUUUGCUCAGCUCGAUCUGGCCCGAGCCGGCCUGGAGCAGGAGCUGGAGGCUGGCGUGGGCGGUCGCUUCCGCUGCAGCAGCUACGGCUCAGCGCCCCUGCAUGGCUUUGCCAUCUGGUUCCAGGUGACCUUCCCUGGUGGAGACUCUGAGAAACCCCUGGUGCUGUCCACCUCGCCUUUUCACCCUGCCACGCACUGGAAGCAGGCGCUUCUCUACCUGAACGAGCCGGUACAAGUGGAGCAAGACACGGACAUUUCCGGAGAGAUCACCCUGCUGCCCUCCCUGGACAAUCCUCGUCGCCUGCGCGUGCUGCUGCGCUACAAAGUGGGGGACCAGGAGGAAAAGACCAAAGACUUUGCCAUGGAGGACUGAGCACCAGCAUCUUCUCCCAGCUACCUCCAGGGCCGCCUGACUUGAGUGGGAGAGGUCUGGGGGGUUGGAGGAAAGGGUGUUUCCGAAAUGCACAGUAGGGGGGCAGUGUCUCUGUCUUCCUUUUCCUUCAGGGCUCCUGGGAAGGGAGCAGGACUCCUGUCUCCGUUUGAGGAGAUGUGCUUCUAGUGGUGUUUAUUUAAAAAGUGACUUUGCAACAACCAGUACUUUGUGCUUGUUAAAGGGCGUUUAAGCCUCAGAAACGUGGUACCAAGCACUUGGUGUUUCCUUUCGUUUUGUUUCUGGGGGGUGGGACACGAAUGGAAAUGUCAGUUGUAUGAAGGGUCCAUGCACAAAGCUGCCACCUGACGCAUUGUCCAAGUCAGAAGCUCCUCUGCAGAAAGGCGAAAAGGUUCCGUUCAACUUGAGAAACUUGAAUUACGGCUUUAACCUCCUUCCAGAUCCCUGUUUCCUCCUGAAUUCCUUCUGUUGCUAGGUGGCUUUAGGCUGUCACCCUUGUUCCUCAUUUUUUUAAAUAAAGUUAACUACUCGUGAAAAAGAAAAGCAGACGAAGAAGGUGCUUAAAUAGCCCUAACCUUAAAACUUGCAUGAAGUGCUAAAGUUGGUGAACGUGUUAGUCCAUUAAGUAAAAUGGACUUUGUAAUUUUAUAUCAGGUGUAAGACACUGAGAAGGUACAUGGAUUAAAAAAAAAUCUGAAAAACAAGCAGUAUUGAUUUAAAAGUUUGUCUUCAGCGUUAAGGCAAAAAUGUUUUAUGUGUGCUGCAUAAUACUUUGUAAUUCCUAUGAAACAGACUGAUAGAAGAGGCCUCUGAAUGCAGUCCAGGACUUAUUACCAUAUAGUAAGUUGUUGAAGCUCACUAAAGUAAGGAAAAUAUUUUCCAUGUAGAAAAGUGCACUCAUUUAAACUCUCAUUUAGAUGGAUCCUGUGAUUUGGCCUACUUUCAUCGUGUGAAAUUUCCUUUUUUUAGUGUUUUUUUUUUCUUUGUAAUUCAACCAAAUGUGAAAGCUGUGAAUUUGGGAAAAUCACUUGUAAUGAAGUGUGAGUCAUGCUAUCAGAUUUAUUUCACUGUUUCUCUCCUUACCCCUGUGGCAAAUAAAACAUUGACAUUCUUACUAUUUUUAUAAAUGAAGUAAGUUUUCUAUACUGAGUUAUGCUUUUGCCUUAUUCGUGCUGCCAAUUCUUAAGAAAAGUAUUACACUCUCGUCAGCAUACAACUUCAGGGCAAUUCAGACUAUGCUUGAUGUGUGAGCUAAGUGUGGAAAAAGGUGAUCUUCAGCACUCUAACAUGGUUUUCAUUGUAACUUUCUGCUCUUCUGUUCAUUGCAUAAUAAAGUAUUUAAUGUAA